UGUGAAUAUUGUACAGCAUACAAUAUACAUAAAAUAUAUAGAAAAUUAAAACAUUACAAGAAUUAAUAGAAUAUUGUAAAGUAAGAAAAUUUAGAUUUGAAAACGUUUGAUCAAUGAAAAGAUAUAGUGCGGACUGGAAACUUCUGUCAUGAUGUAAAGACUUUUCUCUUAUUAAGCAUUAUUACGUUGUGAUCGUGAAGUGACAUAAUUCGCUAUUCAAAUUUGAAAAAACUAUAUUAGAGAUAUAAACAAAAGUAACUUGAAAGUCGAUCAAGAUUGUAGCUAUAAGAAAAUUGAAAUUUUUUAGCAAAAAGUAUUGAGUAAAGAUCAUGUAAGAAAAUGCAGGCAUCGCGAAUCUGUGAAUGGGGAUAUGCUACGACAGGUUUUCCACAGAAACCUCUAGCACGGAUUGGCAGGUCUUCCAAGCCAUAAAGACCAGCAUUCAUGGCGAGUGGCGGCUCGCAGUGAAGCUGCGCGCCGUUACCCGGACGACCGGAGAGGGCUGGACCAGCGCUAGCGCGUUUUCAUAGGGAGAGGAGACGAGGGUUGCAAAGAGGAGGAGUGGGUGGGCACAGUGGUGUGCAUCCGGGGGAUAGGCCACCGUCGAGAAUUUCACAGAGAUGGAGUUUCUACAGAAUCAUCAUGCGGUUAACACCUCCGCACCGCCGUAUACCUUGGGCACAGGUUCUGUAGAUAACAUCGAGGCAACUAUCUCAUCUAGCCUCUGUUCUGGAUCACUAGGAGUAUUUUCGGGUGACGACGGUCUAUCAACCGAUAAUCAGAACGAGGAGGUAGCCGUCCUAGGCACUGCUCUACAGGGCACGCUGCGUUUGCAGGACCUGCAGAGUUCACCAACUGAUAUCGGCGCAGACCAAGGACAACAACUUCCAAUUUCUUGUCAGACCGUGAACGAAUUUGGCGGCAGCUUUUGGGUUGACGAUAUGGCAGGCUUUCCUCUACCCCCGUUGGAUCUGGACCCUUUACCCCCUGGGUUGUUCAGUCCGUGCUCAGGAACGUAUAACUGGAGUUGCUCGCGCAGUGAAUGCAUGCCAAGGACGAACAAUGGCGCAAAUGGUGAGGGUGUUGCCGACGUUCUUUUAUCUCUGAAACAUGCAGUGGUACAUCCUGGAAGUCCAACAGCUGGUUACUAUAGCACCGGUGCUGGCUCUGCUGCAACUCAUCACUAUUCACAGGAUUACGUACAAAAUUUGGGCCCAUCAGUCCCAGGUCCAGGUCACUACAGUUCCGCAUCCGCCGCCAUGUCCGUCAAUGUGUCGAUGAACAUGACUAUGAACAUGAAUAUGCACUCCGGAUACGAACAAAGUUAUUCCUCAACGUGGGGCGUGGAACCUCUCCUUAGUCCCGCCCCUCAGUACGGCAAUCCGGUAGAGGUGGCGGCACAAACGACUGCAAGAGUAAAUCAAGGCGCGCCGGCCAAUAGCGGUCUGAUCAGUCAUCCCCAUUCCCAUCCCCAGCCACAUCACAGUGGGGGUCGAUUGCAGCUCGGGGGUGAACAUACAAUCUGUAUAAACACUACGGGUCCAGCCGCCGGUAACAUCGCUCCCGAAGAUAAUGGCAGACCCAAUCUAUGCAGGAUAUGUGGCAAAUCCUAUGCCAGACCUAGUACUCUCAAAACUCACUUACGCACCCAUUCUGGAGAGAAGCCGUUCAGGUGUCACGCGUGCUCGAAGGCAUUUAGCCAGGCAGCCAAUCUGACCGCACAUGCGAGGACGCACUCUGGUGAAAAACCUUUCCGAUGUCCGGUAUGUGACAGAAGAUUUUCACAAAGCAGCUCAGUAACCACGCAUAUGAGGACACACUCGGGUGAACGACCUUACAGGUUUGUAUUCCAAAUAUUUUAAACAAAAGAAAAAUCAUUAUUAACCCUUACUCCCAUAAUUCUUUGUUCCUCAUUCCCCAUGGGAUCAUCCGCGUUUUAAGGUUCAUUCUACAAUGGCAAUAGUAGUAGUAGAUUAAGGAGUAAACAUGAAACGUAGGCAAUAAAAUUAAGGAGUUCUUAUGUCCGAGUGUCUAUAACGGCGUGUAAUAAAAGUUAUAAUAAUCAAUUGCACUAGUUUUCGUAUUAUUACUAAGCUCUCAUUAGCUAAGAGUAAAAAUAAAUCAUAGGAAAUUGCUUUUACCUAUUCCGUUUACUCCGACGUUACUCCAUAAUCCACUAUUACUACCGUCAUUAUAGACGGACCUUUACACUUUUAUUAAAGAAUAUUUUAUAGGGAGUAAGGAUAUAUGAUAAUGUAAAUUUUAAUCCUUGAUUUGUAGCAAUUUUGAUGAAGGAGGGGGAAGGGAUAUUAAUUUAAAUUCUUAUUUAUGUUUUUACAUAUUAGUUGGUAAAUAGUGCAAUAUUGAAAUACCGGAUGAGUACUAUAACUUAAAACGGCAAUUUUUAGAAAAAAAUCUUUUUUAAUUGAACGUUGAAAAAUAUAUAAAAGUUAAGAAAUAUUAAAAAAGUUUUUUUAAUAUAAUACAUAAUGUUAUAUAUUAUAUAUUACUAUAUAAAAUAUUAUUUAUUAUAUAAUGUACUAUAUAUACUACAUAUUUUGAAAUAUCCCGAAUAUCGAACAAAUUUCUCGCAAGAAUUUCCCUUUACAACACGCGAUCGUCGGUACGAGCUCACACACAAAGAAACUUCGAAACGAAAUCAGACUCGAAAUGCUAGUAAACGGCGAACAAUUCGCCGUUCGCAUUCAAUAUUCGUUAGCACACACACACAUACACGCACGCGCGCGCACACAUACACACACACACACACACACACACUCUCUCUCUCUCUCGUUCUCCGCAAGCAAAAUACCAUAACUCAAUAAGAAACGUGCGAUCUGAGAUGUGUGAUCGCUAGACAAGGACACAAAUAGACGAAACUGAAUAAAACGAGUAAAAUUAAGACAAAACAUAACGCUUGGCUGUGGUGUCGACAGCGUUUUAAUUACGAGGGUAGUCCGAUAAGUACUUAGGCUACAAAAAAAAACGAAAAUUUGGGAAA